AUGCCCGACGGGCGCUCGAAGCGCAAGGACUCUGUGGACGAGCUUGACGAGCUCGAUGCGGCGUUGAACCCGGCGCGCAACUAUCCAAGAAAGCGAGUCGCUGUUGCAGUAUGUCUCUUGCAAGAAGCGCGACCGGACCGGGAGGCUGAAAAGCGGACAGUGCGAGGUUUGCCGGCUGAGGAAGACGCGAUGCGAUGCGAAGAGGCCAUGCGGAUUCUGUACUGA